CGGCCACAUCAGACCCACGCUCGACACCACUGCCAAAUGCAUGAAUUUGAAUCCUCUUCUCCUGAACCGGCAGUUGGGCACCCUCAGCCCACGGGCCUUCUGUCGCGCUGAGACGACGCGCCGGCUCCAUGCCCUGCAGCCCACAACACUGCAGUUCGACGGUGCGCCGCCGCAAGAUGCCCGUAGCGCUGCCGUCCCGCAUCGCGACGUCCUGGCGCACCCGGCCGGCGUCAACGCCCUAACCAUUGACAAGUUCGAAGGUCGCUGGAUGCUGUCCGGCGGCGCCGACUCCUCUGUCGCGUUGUGGGACCUCGAAGCCGUGGCCCAGCCCGCCGGCGACGGCGACACGUCCACCCAGACCCUCGUGCCGCUCGACUCGCUGCGCAAGACGUCGACCGCCCACAGCUUCGGCAUCACCCACCUGUCGUUCUACCCGUUCGACUCUCUCGCCUUCCUCUCCUCGUCCUACGACCACACGCUCAAGGUGUACGCGUCGGAGACGCUCGCCGCGUCGGCCUCGUUCGACCUGCACGCCGUCAUCUACUCGCACGCCCUCUCGCCCAUCGCGCAGCACCUACUCGUCGCGUGCGCGACGCAAACGCCGCGGGUACGUCUCGUCGACCUCCGCUCCGGCGCGGCGACGCACUCGCUCGCAGGGCACAGCGGCGCGGUUCUGUCCGUCGUGUGGAGCCCAAUCGACGACCACGUUCUCGCCAGCGGCGGCACCGACGGCACCGUCCGCUUCUGGGACGUCCGCCGCAGCGCCGGGUGUCUGGGUGUGCUGGACGCGGAGGAUUCUGUAGGCGUUUUUGGCGCGGACGGCUUGGGCACCAGCGCGGCGCGCAGUAGCAGGCAGGUUGGGCGCGCGCAUGCCGCUGCGGUCAAUGGCGUUGUCUGGACAGACGACGGUCGGCACCUCGUCACGACGGGCCACGACGAGCGCGUCCGCGUCUGGGACGCCAUGACGGGCGCGAACACGCUCGCCUCAUUCGGCCCCACGAUCAAGAACGCGCAUCUCUCGACGCUGCUGCCGCUGAUCAGCCCGCCGGGCCUCGUCGCCCCAGGAAAGGACGUCCUCUUCUACCCCAGCGAGCACGAAAUCCUCGUCUACGAGCUCUUUGACGGGCGCCUGCUCAAGCGGCUCAAAACGCCGGGCGCGGCCCCCGCAGUCCCCACCGGCGGGCCUGGCCCGGCACGACGCGGCGGCGGCAAUCGCGGCAGUGGCAGCGGGAACAGCGGGAAUGGUGGUGGUGGUGGCGGUGGCGGCAGUAGUAGUGGGGCUCAAGCAGCUGCAGCGGCAGCAACAUCGGCAGCACCCCGCAGCGCCAAGGCUAGAGCGCGCACGACGGCGCUGGCGUGGCGCGCCCACGACGUGCACCUCUUCUCGGCACAUGGCGACGGGCGGAUCCGGGCAUGGGCGCCGCGCACGCCUGAGGAUGCGCUGGCCGACGACGAGGAGCUCGCUGAGCGAGAUGCUGCCGAGGGGAGCCGCAAGCGUAAGCGCGAUGAGCUCGAUGCCAUUUAUCGCGAUUUUUCAAGGAGGCAGGGGGGUAUUUUGUAGGUAGGGGUGAUGGGGACGGCGCAAAGCACCUUUAGUGGCUGGUUGUGGGUGUUGUAGUAUAAUACUUACUUAGUACAGGCAGGGCUGUUUCGGUUGACAGUCAAGCCGCAUACAAAGCAAACAUGUUCCUAGCACCAUUUAAAAUGAUGAGUGUGUUUUAUGAAGGCACGAA